AUCCAGGACAGUCCACACAUCGCUCCGUUACUCGCCACAUCUCAUCGGCUGCGCAUCGAUAUUAUUGUUUUCAUGGGUUAAACCCGCGACAGCAAAACAGAGAGAAUAUUUAUUUAGACAAUCAAAACCGAGAAACUUGAAAUGAAAUGACACAUUUCCCCCGACCGGACUUUCACUGCUCGUCUUGUUGUGAUCCUUCGGGCGCAUCGACAGCUUGUUUUUGGCACGUUUUUAUUCCCUCUGAUGUCCACCUGUUACCGUCGGUUUCUGACCCGCAGACAGACUCACCACGGAUCAUCAGAUAAACACAGCUACUACUGAGAUGGCCCGUGCAGAGACCAUCGAGCACGUCGGGGAAACCGGAGGAGGAGGAAACAGCCCUCUUCCUCGCCACGGCAACUGCCACAUGGAGCUACCCGGCCCCUUUAACACAUGGCCCGGCCUGCUCACGACCACCACCGCCACCACCACCGUCACCCCCGGCUCUGGGACCGGCACCGGUGGCAUACGCCAACUCCACCAUAACCAGCCCCAUCUGCGCCCUCUGCAGCCUUUUUGCCUGCCAUACCCGAUGCCUUCCCCCCACUCAGAGGGCCAGGACGGGCCCCGGACUCAUCAGCGUUUAUCCCCGCCAUCCUCGACGCCUCCUCCUUCGCCACCUUGCAACCAGAGAGAAGAGAGGAGCAGAGGCACGGCUCAACCGAGUGCCUUCUCAGGAGAGCAGUCAGAUUCGGACAGAGAAGAGCACCAGGAGGCCUCCAGACAGCGGGGACCUUUGCCUGACCUGCUGCCCCAGAAUGAGCACCAAUCCUGGGCUUCACAGCAUCACGGAGCCACCGGGGGAGAGGCGGAGCAGCAGGAGCUGGAGGUCAGGAGACUGGCCGACCAGCUGAGGGUCAUCGGGGACGAAUUUAACACCACAGUCCUCCGGAGAGCGCACGCCGGCCCUCACUGGCAGGACUGGAGGGACGUCUGGCGAGGCCUCCUCAACUUCAUCGACCAGACUCUCAGCACUCUCUACAGGCUCACGUAGACGGCCGUCGCACUCGCAAAAGCACUGGUUACAAUGGCGACUUUUUUUUUUUUUACAUUCAGGACUCUCGGCCGCCGGCCACCGUACUACUGCGGCCGGUGAAAACGGAACAACCCCGACUGGUUGCUGCACUGUCGUCCUCUGGAAACGCGGAGGACUAAUGUGGCCUGAAAUCAAACGUUUUCUUGAACAAAGGCUUUGGGAAGUUGAAAUCUGCAGCUGGAUGGUGUCGGCGCCGGCUGUCUGUCUGCGGAAAACUGGACCCUACCUGCCUGUCUGUCAGUCCGUCCGUCAGUCUGCUGGUACAGACGGCAGCUUACGGACUGACGGCCAUGUUCCCUACGUGUAUAUUUUGUUUAAAUUAAUUUGCUUUUGCUGUCUACGUCAACGUCUCGGGGGUCGGCUCAUUCACGUAGCAGGAGCGAGUGUAUAUGAGUCACUGUGUGAGUGUGUGUGUGUUUGUUUACACACGCAUGACAGACCUGGGUCAAUCAGAUAGCUUGAUUGCAAAAACUUUUCUCAAUUUGGAAAAUACAGAAAUUUCUUUAAAAAACUGGAAUUUUUUCCUCCCGUUGAAUAUUUAAAAUGUUCUGUCCAUCAACAUAUCUUCUUCUGCUGACACUUUCUGAGACUCUGAGAUGGUUAAAACUAAUUUAGAGGAUGAUCGCAGACACGGUUUGACCCUCGUCUGACGUGUGCGUCUCACUAUCGCGUCUUUAUUUUUGCAUCCCCGUUCUUGUAAACUGUGAAUCUGGACGCUGUGGUUGCAUGGCAGGGAUACGUUGGGUGUUAUUCCACUAUUUAGAGCAAAGCACAGUGACUGAACUUCUCUCCCAAAAUCUGAAACCCGCUUCAUUUCAUUUCAUUCAUACGACGUGCCUUUUUUCCGCUCAGCGCUCCGUUGAGGUCCAAUCUCUCCGACACACAAGAUCAAUCAGCUGCACACAAACACACGUUAAAGCAAUACACACACACACACCCUCUUUAAGUGCUUUGUUUGCAGUCACUAAACUCAUUUGCAUAACAUCCACAAGUCCCAGCUUCAGCAUGGCUUAAGGUCAUUUAACACCACACACAUAUCUUAAUGUCCGCCAAGCACACACACACACACACACACACGUGCACAAACACACAGGGAAUCGCCACUGUACAUUCCUGCACGCCGUUCAUACUGCCAGUGUUGAGCUGGCAGUGUCGACAGUGUUUAUAGUUACUUGACCUUUUGUAAAUAUUCUUUUUUUUUUUUUUUUUUUGGAAGAUAAAUCUAAUUAAUCAAAAUUUUUUUGAUGGACUUAAGAAGUAUUUAUCAGAGCGAGGAGUUCUCUGUGUUUGGGAGAUGUGUUGUUGUUUUUUUAUGUUUUUCUGAGCGGCCGUCGGCGACAGCAGAGCGAGUUAGAAAUUAAAUCCAGUGGAUUUGAGAUGAUUCCUAGAGGUUAAAGAAAAAAUAUACACGAUUUGGAUCUUUUUAAUUGUUGAAAAGUAUUUGA